AUGCAGGUUGCACGGCUCUUUGGGCCAGCGAUCUUAGGAGUAGAUAAAAAGAAACACCCAGGAAAUCUUCCGAGGACUUAUAUGCUCACCCACAGUGACAUUACCUCUAAACUCACCCUCGCUACCUCUCAAUCGAUCAACAGUGCUCAGCUACAGGGUUGGUAUAACAGGUUACAGAGGGAUGAAGUGGUUGCAGAGUGGAAAAAAGUUAAGGGAAAGAUGUCUCUCCAUGUUCACUGCCAUAUAAGUGGAGGUCAUUUCCUUCUAAAUCUUAUUGCAACUCAGAUACUUCAUCUUCUCUGUUUUGUCAGAUCUUCAAAAAGCAGCUGCAGUUGCAGCCGAGGAGAUAUCUCGAAAUGUAUUUCAUUCUCAACUUUCUCCUUAUCAGUGGAGUUUUAUUUUCAGAAUCGAUGUAACUACUUUUAUAUGAAUUUCAAUUUCCAAUUAUUGAUAAUAGCGUUGAAACAUUGCUAA